GUAAAGAUUACGUAGCUGGUAUAACGCCGGAGUUACUGUGCCGAGACAUCGCUGACUUGCUGACAGACGAGGGGAGACACAAGGCCUGGCCCUCACAACCAUGCCUCAACAACCUCCUUUGCAUUUGCGACCUCAUCGCUUAUGUGCACAUUAAAAGAAAACCUGGCUGCGUUACCUUAGGCAGCCAGGCAUGGCCAUUCCCGGAUGGCAAUUCGCUGCAGCUGGUCGUGUCAGGAUUCAGGAACGCUACUCUCGCGCGCUUGACGCGACAGUUCCAAUUGCGUCAACUUCCAUUAGUGAAUAACUGUAUGGCAGGCAGGAUGGAGGUCUUAACCGCGCGUCACUGUCCAGUCCAAACUGCAACUCAGUCGGCGACAGACGGCCUUACCUGCGCCCUCGCCCGCAAGUUAAAAGUAUCUAGUUACAAAUUAAGCCAUGUCUUUUGUCAAGAAGAAAUACCUCCCUUAGCCGAACCCAAGCCCACGACCGCCACUAAGGCCAGCGGGCAAACGCGAUGGAGUCAAGCCCUUCCCGACAGCGGAGACGAAUGGGUGACCCGGGCUGGGCACUGCCGCCCCGGUCGCCCAGGGCGCAGCCCUCACCGCCCUACCCCACCACCUUCCCCGAGCUGCCGAACGAACGUACCGCCGCCGCCGCCGCCGCCACCGCCUCGAUCAAGGGCCCCACUAUCCUGCCCAACGCCGUGCCGCUGGAGCCCUCCCCUCCCAAGCCGCACACGGCCGGCCACACCUUCCAACUAGGCAUCACCGGCGCCAGCCUCCAAGCUGCGAACGCCUCCUUCUCCUCACCCCGCUCACGAGUGCAGGGUCCCCCCACCGUCAACUCUCCCGGGCUGCCCAUCUACCGCCAGCUGCGGCCGCACUCAGCCGCAGACCGCACCGCCACUGCCACAGCCGAGGCCACAGGCUCGCCCGUCGCGUCGCCGCGUGCCUGGGUGCCCGAGCUGCAGCGCGCCUCCGCCCUCGCGCUGGCCCAGGCCAUCAACGGCAGCAGCGGCAGCGGUGGAGCCCAGCCGCCGCUGGUGCGCACCAGCGUGGCUGCCGCGCACCACACCUCAGCCGCCGCCGCCACAGCAGCUGUCGCCACCAGCGCCGCCUACUCGCCCACAUUCUACAGCGGCCAGGGCACGCCGGCCUCGGCGUCGCCCGUGUCCCGGACGCCCUCCGACGGCCCGGCCUCUAGCCUUGUGGCUGUCCCCCGCCCCGGCGUCGUUGCCCACGGCGGUCGCAUCGCCGGCUACCCAGCCACCGGCCCCACCGGCCUGCUGACGUCGGCCUACCCGACGUCGACGCCGCCGAUGGUGUCCAAGAACCAGAGCUACGUCGGUUCGGCAUCGUCGGUGCUGCGGGUGCCGUACUUCGGCAGCGGCUCUGCCAUCCCCUACGUCCCCGCCCUGCCGCCUCCCUCCCCCCGGCCGCUGCCCGAAUCCGUGGCGGCCGUGGCGCGGCGACCCCUGGGCGACCGCAUCCAGAACACCACGUGGGCGCUGGCGCGGGCGUUUGGCUUCCAGGCCUUCAACGAGAAGCCCUCAGCCGCCCCCCACCCAGCGCACCAGCAGCAGCCGCGGCAGUGGGUUCCCUCCACGGCCUUCGUCGCAGCCGACCACCUCGAGGCGCUGCUGCUGCGAAACAUCAUGCCCCGACAUCUCGCCGCCAUGAAGGGCGGCGGAGCCGGCGACCCUGCUGCGGCGGCAGGAGGAGACGAGCCGCAGCGUGAGGCGGCGUUCGCGUGCGCGGUGUGGGAGCUGCACUCGCACAUCUUCCUGUCCUACGAGGGCGCUGCUGGCUGGUGCCGGCUGCUGGGUCUGCGGCCGCGGCUUGCGGAGGUAGAGGCCGAGGUGCUGCAGGCGCCCGGCCGCACCGCCCAGGACCCUGCCGUCGUGUCGGUGCUGCUCCUGGAGCUGUGCCUGUACUUCCUGCUGUACAGCGAGGCAGCCAACUUGCGCCACACGCCCGAGCUGCUGUGGUUCCUGUUCUGGGCGGCGGCGCACAGCGACACCAUGCAGCGCCUAUGCCGCAACAGCGCCGCCCUCACGUCGCCCGCCAGCGGCCCCGGCGGGCUGCAGCUGGAGAACGCGCGGCAGCGGCGACUGGCCAUGCGCAAUACGCUGCAGUCCGCGCUGUACACCGCCCAGCGCUACCUGGACCACGACCCCGCAGCCUGCCGCCCCGAGGUCUGCGCGGAGGCCGCCACCGCCCUCGUCGCCCAGCUGCCCAGCCUGCUGUCCAGGCUCGACCUCCCCGGCCCUCCCGCCUCCGCCGGGCCCUCCUCGUCCUCCUCUCCCACCAAGGGCCACACGCGGUCUGCCGCGGACGAGCAAGACGACGCCGCGCUCUCCUGCGCCGCCAGCCGCUCCCUGUUUGUGGACCUGGCAUCAUUCGGCGACGGCGGCUUCUGGACCGAGGUGGUGGUGGCGCCGCUGUUCACGGUGCUGGCAUACGAGGUGGACGCCUGCUCCGCCGCCGGCCAGGAGUCGGCGUUUCGGCUGGGCUAUGACGACGUGAAUGAAUCGCUGUGCCGGCGUGACGUGCUGAGCAGGCUGCUGGCGGAGCUGGGCGUGCAGCAGGCGGACGCAGCAGCCGGCGCAGUGCACGGAGCACUCGACGCAAUCACACGACUCGGCUACCCGCCGUCGGUUGCUGUUGGCGGCGCCGCUGUUGCCACGGGCCCCGACGGCACCGUCCCGCCUGCUGCUGACGCCGACGCCCACGGUCACAGUCACCUGCGCCGCCGCCACAACCGCUCCUCUGGCGGCGGCGCCAGCCCCACCUUCGCCAACUCCGCCACUCCCGCCAUCUCCUCCUCUUCCCACCUGGACCUUCGUGCCUUUGACGUGGAUGCCGCCGCCGCGUUCUGGCUGGACCGCGUCUUCAUUAAGACCCACCGCGAGCGGCGCAGCUGGUCCGCCAUCUUCCGCGCCUUCUACCGCGUCUUCAGCCUGCAGCUGGUGCUUCUGCACCUGACCAUCGCGCAUGCCUUCGCGCCCUUUGACCUGGCGGUGCUGUCCAGCGCCGUGGUCACGCACGCGCUGGUGCAGGCGGCCGAGCGCACCGCCAACUGGUGGCUCAGCCGCGGCACACACGACCCGCUGCAGCGGGCCAAGGCACGGGAGAGCUGGGUCAGCGCAUCGCCUGAGAAGCUCAUGGCCGCGCACCUCGCCAAGACCAAAGCCGGCAAGAAGGGCAUGCAGGCCCAGGAGGCUGGGGAGGACAUGGAGGCAAGCGGCGGCAGCAACGGCACUUCCGCAGAGCAGCAGCAGUCGGCGGCGGCGGCAGGAGCUGCAGGCGGCAGCCGUCUGACAGAUGCGGAGGCGGUGGCGGCGCGACUGGAACGCCGCCGCGCCGUUGCCGUGGAGGGCGCCCCCGUGUGGGGCGUGUGCGGCUGGCUGGAGUGGGUGAUAGUGGCUGCGGGCAUUACCGGCCUGUUUGCGCUGCAGCACAUCGGCCCGCCCGCCCUGGCAGUCAUGGCCAAGAGCUAUUGGCCGUUCGCGGCGGCCGGAUACGCGGUGGCGGUGGUUGGGCACGGUCUCGCCACCGGCCGCGACGGCUACAGCAUCUCGCUCAGCUCGGCGCUGCGGCUGCCGGCUGCGCUCCGUGCCUCCAGCGCCCGGCCCCGCGCCGAGUGCUGGCUCCCCGGGCACCUGGGUGUGGGUUGGCGCGCGGCCUUGCUGACCGCCCUGUUCUGGCUGCAAGUGCUUGGCGCCAAGCUGGCGUUCGACUACUUUAUCAUCAUGCGGCCCAUGGCGGGCCAGGUGCGCUUCAUCCUGCACCGCAACUGGCUGGGCUGCCCCGCCGCGCAGACGCACUACCGGCUGUUUGGGGCCAUGGCGCUGCCGCUGGCGUGCGCGGAUGGCGACUGGCUGUUGGUGGUGCUACGCGUGGCGCCGUUCGUGCUGGUGUGUCUGGUGGACACACAGAUCUUCUACCAGCUGGUGCUCAUGGCGUGGGGCCUGGUGCAGGGGCUGCAGGCCAUGAAUCUGGGCAUCGCCGGAAGCUGGGAGGCGCUGGUGGCGGAGUUCCACCGCGCGCCGGUGCGCUGGUGGGCGCGGUGCAUGAGCGCAGCUGGAAACCAGGCGGCCAGGGCGGCGGCCGCGGCCUCCGUGGCGCGGCGGCACCACGCAAUCACAGGCACCGGCAGCAGCAGCGCUGCCGCAGCCGGCGGGGCCCGCGGUUCAGAGGGCAUGACGGAGGAUGAGUACGGUAGCAGCAGUGACAGUGACGGGGACAACUCAGAGUACGACAGCGAGUUUGAGUACGGCAGUGUGUACGGCGGCGCCGGCAGUAGCAAGCGGGGUGGGCUGUUCGGGCGCCGCAGCGGCUCCGCAAGUAGCCUCCACAGCAGCAGCCUGCACGAGGGCGCCCCUUCGCCAGGGCCCUUCGACCGUCGCCCGGGCACGGCAGGCGCGGCUGGGACGCAGCGGGGCCCACGGCCCUCCCGGCCGCCGCACCGCCGCUCGCCCUCGCCCGCACCCUCGGCCGCCCUUGCUGCUGCGGCCUCUUCUAGCGGAACACCCACGUCGGCAGACGCCUCCUCUGCGGACCCCUCCGCGGAGGCCGUUGUCGGGCGCAAGGACAGGAAGAGGAACAAGGACGGCAAGGGCAAGGCCAAGGGCGGCAAGGCACGUGACGCCGCCACAGCCGCCGAGCUGGUUGCGAUGCUGAGCGGCCAGGGCGAGGAGCAGAUCGCGCAGUGGAUGGCGUUUGCGGUGGCAUGGGACGCUGUGGUUGAGGACCUGCGCCGCGCGGACCUCAUCAGCGACCGCGAGCAAGACAACCUCAUGUUCACUCGCCUGCCCGCCGCCGCCACGCUCCUCACCGCGGCGCUGCCGCCUGCAGCUGCCGGCACAGCGCUGGCGGCGGCCGGCUUCAGUCCUGACUCGCCGUCUGCGGCGGCUGCGGCGCCUGGCCGCGGCAGCGACUCCGUCUCCGGCGACUCAGUGGGCGCUGGCAGCAGUGGCGGUAGCAGCAACAGCACUGCGGCUGGCGGCGGCCCCUCAAGCAGCCGUCCGCUGCGCCCCAUCCUGCUCCCGGCAUUCUUCUAUGCGGGUCAGGUGCAGCGGGCGGUGGACUCGGGCGCUGCCUCGCCGGCCCAGGCGCUUGUGCUUGGCGAGCUGCGUUCGGCGCUGGUGUGGCUGGGCUGCCAGCUGCGGCUGCUGGACGGCCGCACGGCGGCGGUGCUGUUGGACGCGCCCAGCUGCAGCGCAGCCAUCGACCCCGCUCACGGCCGCGCGAGGGAGGCGGGUCUGGCGGCGCUGCGGCGGCUGGUGGCGGCUCUGACGGGCCUCAGCGAGCCGCUGCCGGCUGCGGGCAGCGGCACUGUGGGCGAGGCUUUGCGGCGGCGUCACGGCCUGGCGUCUGAGGCUCAGGCGGCUCUGGAUGACGUGUUGGUGGUGGUGGAGGUGGAGGCGCGGGCGGUCAUCAAGUCGCAACUGGCCGCCAGCCGCAAGGGCAGCAAGAAGGGCGGACGCAAGGACCAGACUGCCGCCGCUCUCACCGGCCCUGACGCGCAGCCGGCGCCGGCCGAGGCUGCGGAAGCUGCAUCCGCAGAGGAGGCUGCAGCCGCUGCUGCUGACCCGCAAGCCGCCGCCCUGGAGGUCCUGCAGACAGUGGAGUCCCUGCGGACCCAGCUGAAACAGCACCCGGCGUGGCUGGCGGCUGCGCUGGCGCUGCUGCAUCCGGAGGGCCGUGGCUGCGGUGACGUGCACCUGCCGUCCGCCUCCUCCCUGUCCUCCGCCGCCGCCAGCCCCGGUUUUGGUGACCGCGUGCUGCACGUGUCUGUGGAGCUGCCUCUGCUGCGGCGUGUGCUGGGCGUGGUGUCCAAGAUGCUGAGCCUGUCGUCCGCCGCCGCACAGCCCUCCGGCGCCGAGGCCCGCCGCAUCCUCAGCUUCUUCGUAACCUCCCUGGCCAACCGCCAGCUGGGCCGACCCGACACCGUGGCUGCCACGCCAUCCUGGACCGUGCUCACGCCGCUGUAUGCCGAGGACGUUCUCUUCCCACUCGAGGCACGUGCCACCGCCGAGGCAAUGGGCCUGCCUAUGCCACGCGGCGACCCAGCCGCUGCCGCCGCCUCCGACACCGCACCCCACCCCUCGUCGCACGUUUCGUCACCAGCCGGCACCGGCGCCCUGCCCGACCUCCUGACUGAGACCGAGGAGCGCGUGAGUCUCAUGGCCUACCUCCGCUCCAUGUUCCCCAAGGACUGGGAGAACUUCAAGGAGCGACUGGGUGCGGAGCUGGGCGGAGUGCAGCUGGCCGCAGCCACCGAGGCCGACUUUGCGGCGGGCGGCCCCUUGGCGGAACACGGCCUGGCUCUGCAGUUGUGGGCGAGCUACCGCGGGCAGCUGCUGGCACGCACGGUGCGCGGCAUGGCGGCGUAUGGCAGCGCGCUGAGGGUGCUGGCGGCGCUGGAGGCCCCGCGGCCGCCCUGCAGCAGCCGGCGCCAGCACGCGGCGGAGGUGGAGGACGUGGUGGGCGGCAAGUUCUGCCACGUGGUCGCGAGCCAGCUGUACGGACGGCACCGCCGCUCACCACAUCUGCGCGAGCGCUGGCUGGCAGAGAGCACGGACGUGCUGCUUCAGGCCAACCCGCACAUGCGUGUGUCCUACCUGGACGUCGUGCACCAGGGCCCCAAGCAGGGCAAGGGCCAGCAGCACCAGCAGCAGCUGCAGCUGCCGCAGCACUUUGCGGUGCUGAUCCGGGGCAGGCAGCCGGGUAUUGAGGGCCGCUGGGAGAGCUUUCAAUCGCACGGCGGAGCCGGGGGUGGUGCUGGCGGCGUGACGGCGGGCGGCGCUGUGCGCGGCGCGGGCAGGGGCAGGACUGAGGAGCUGUACCGCGUGCGGCUGCCCACCAAUCGCUUCUCCUCUCGCGGCGUGAUCAUCGGCGAGGGCAAGCCCGAGAACCAGAACCACGCCGUCAUCUUCUGCUUCGGCGAGGCGCUGCAGACCAUCGACAUGAACCAGGACAACGCGCUGGCGGAGGCGCUCAAAAUGAGGAACCUGCUGAAGGAGCUGCGGCCGGAGGCAGUGAGCCGCCCGGCGCAGAAGGCCGCGGCGGCGCUGCAAGAGGCGGUGGCGCUGGCGGCGGCCGAUGGGCUGCCGGCGCCACACCGCGUCGGCAGCGCCACCAGCAGCAGUGCCGAUGCUGGCGGGCCCUCAGGCGCCGCAGCGGCAUCCGGAGCGGUCGCCCUGCCCGCUGCGUCCGAGUACCGGCGGCUGCUGAGUGAGCUGCGCAAUGCCGAGCGGCCCGUGGCGGUUGCGGGCUUCCGGGAGUGGAUCUUCAGCGACAAGGCGGGGGCGCUGGGUGCGUUCGCCGCCAGCGCCGAGUUCGCGUUCGGGACCAUCGUGCAGCGGACCAUGGCCUACCCCGCCGCCGUGCGCCUGCACUACGGCCACCCCGACCUCUUCAACAAGAUCUUCGUAAUGACGCGGGGCGGGCUGUCCAAGGCCACUCGGCAGCUGCACGUGUCUGAGGACAUCUUUGGCGGCAUGAACCACACACUGCGCGGUGGCCAGAUCAAGUACCGCGAGUACAUCAGCUGUGGCAAGGGCCGCGACAUGGGUUUUGACUCCAUCAACGCGUUCGAGGCCAAGAUCAGUUCGGGAUUUGGCGAGGUGUCCCUCAGUCGCGACCUGCUGCGCCUGGCCACCCGCGUGGACCUAUGGCGCUGCCUGCACCUGUACCACUCGCUGGUGGGGAACUACAUCAACACGUGGCUCGUCAUGGGCUCAGUCUACGCACACAUCUACGCGCUCGUCUUCUUCGCGCUGGCCCAGGCCGCCGUCUACCGCGUCUUCGUCUACUACCCCUCCCCGCCGCCGCCGCCGCCCGGAACGCCGCUGGUGCCCGUGGGCCCGGCCGGCGCGCCGCCGCCGCCCGCCGGCACGCUGAAGGAGGUCCUUGCGUACGACACGAUCCGUGUGGAGCACGUGCUGCAGCUGGGCCUGCUGUCGCUGCUGCCGUACAUUGCGGAGGUGGCGCUGGAGCAGGGGCUGGUGCGCGCGCUGCUGGCGGCGUUUGCGCAGCUGGUCAGCGGCUCCUUCAGCUUCUUCAUCUUCAAGCAGCAGACCACCGCCGCCUCGCUGCACUCCUCAGUCAUGUACGGAGGAGCCUCCUACAUCGCCACCGGCCGCGGCUUCUCCAUCACGUCCUCCUCCUUCCUCAACCUCUUCGCUAAUUACGGCCGCUCGCACAUGGCUCUAGGCUUUGAGCUGGCAGCGCUGGCCAUUGCGCUGGCAGCCACAAACGACUGCGCGCGCUGCUCGUACGGCGGGCUGACGUGGGGCACGUGGCUGGCGGCGGUGAGCCUGGUGUUUGCGCCGUGCUGGUUCAACCCCAUGGCUUUCUCGCCCGCCAAGGUGCGGCGCGACAUGCACGCCUUCGCCGCCUGGCUGCGUGGCGAGGUGGACAAGGAGCUGGGCUGCACCUGGGCGCAGUGGCACAGGCGGCAGCUGGCGCCGGCGCGCGGCGAGGCGGCGGCGGGCGGCGGUCAGACCGACCGGUGGCUCAACGUGCUCCAAAACCUGAUGCUGCGCGCAUUCCCGCCCGCGCUGCUGACGGUGGCGGCAGCCUCCCGGCUCAACCUGCGCCUAGACAAGCUGCCUGGACUGCCGGCGCCGCUGCGAAGCGCCUCGGCCCUGUUCCUGAUCGCAAGCGCUGGGCUGUGGGCGGUUCUGAUCUCGGCAAUGGGCGCGUCCCGGCGCUUUGCGGCGCUGUCGGACCGACGGCGCUGGCGUCUGUGGUCGUUCUGGGUGGGUGUCUCCGGCGUGUCGUGCGCCGUGCUGUUUCUGGUGGGCCUGUCCCGCUGGUACUCGGGCUCGGGCCUCAGCAACCUGUGCCUCCUGGUCUACGCCAACGCGCUCCUAGCCACGGCCGUGCACCGCGGACUGGAGGCCGUGGCGCCGCGCUCCUGGACCGGCGCGCGGCGGCUGGUCGACGGCGGCCACAUGCUGCUGGACUGCUGCGUGGGCUGGGCCGUGCUGGGCAUGCUGGGCGCGCUGAGCCUGCUGGGCUUCGUGGGGCGCGUGCAGACCAUGCUGCUCUUCAACGUGACCUUUGCGCGCUCCGUCAAGCGGGGCAGCCUGGUCAAGACCAUCGGCACCGCCAAGACGGGCGGCGGGCAGCAGCAGGGCACCACCGCCAUUGUGGGGAUGGUGCUGGAUCAGGGAGAUGCGGCCGGGGCACAUGUGGGCGAGGCGGAGGUCGAAGGUGCGGGCGGGGGUGCCGCGGGUGCGGGCGGCAGGGCGGCAGAGCAGCGCGGCCCGGCCGCACGUGGCAGGCGCGGUAGCAUUGGUCCUGGCCGGGUGUGAAUGCGGCCAUCGCAUGUUGUUGAUGUUGCGGUGGCCAUAUUACGCAGUAUGCGUUUGCUUGUGCAGGGGGCUGUUGAAUGUGUUUUUGGGUUAACCAACUUGCGGCAGGAUGUGUGUUCGGUAUGUGCGGCGUGUCGGUUGGCUGUCGGUUGAGGGCGCACAUACUCCAUCCAUUAAAGCAUGCUUCAUUUUAGUCUACGCAGGUUGCGCAUUAUGCGCUUGCUCUCCAUCUGGCCCACCUGAAACUUAGUAGUGAUCCUUUUCAGCUUAAGAUCCCACCACUCAAGUAUAACGCAGCCCUGUCGUCACAUAAAGUAUCUUAACAUCAUAGUGCCCCGGUAAUGUGCGGGCUGUUUCUUUAGGGCAGGGUUACCUAGGCGCAGGGAUGCAAGCGCGCAUACUUAUUCUUUUAACCCGUGGAAAUGGCAGGUGCCUUAGUAAUACCACCUGGUUGCAUGUAAUGUUGAUGCCGUACAUGCAGCCGACGGCUUGGUUUGUUGAAAAUUGGUUGGUAUGUAUAGUGAGUAGCUGCAAACACCGGUCUUGUUGACUGGAGGAGGCAGGUGCGCUUGGGCAGGGCUCGCAUGCGUGAGCGUGCCUGGUAACAUAACCAAGCCACCAACAUUGCGGUUUGCUGGCCGAUUCGGGGUGAUAUGAGCGAAGCCAUAUGAAUUAUGUAAUAGUUGGAAUAAUGCGACCAACAUGGUGAUACCUUAAUCCUGGUGUGCACAGUAGGCAGAAACCAAGGGCGGGGCAGGGCAAGGCCGCACGGGACGUGCGUGACUGCAUGGGGAUCACAAUGUGACGGGUCACAUCCCAAAGUGAAUACUGUAACUGUAUGUGUGGCC